CAUUUAUUGUCAAAUCAUCGUGUGCACACAUGAACAUGUGUUGUUGAAAAACAAAUGAGUUUACAUUUAUAGAAUUGUUAUUGAAAAUGAAUCGUGCAAAAUCGGGUCGUGGUUCAAGCGGUAGUGGUGCAAAUAAUCGUCGAAAUAAAAAAUAUGCCAAACAAUCACAUCGAAAUGUUGAUCGAAAAUUGGCUGAACGAGCGGCCGAUUUAAAAUUACAAUCAAAUACAUCAUCCAGCGAAAAUGGAUCGUCGUCUUCUUCGUCGGGCUCCGAAUCAAGCUCAGAUGAUGACGACCAAGGUACUGCGCCCACUUUUAAUGUUGCCAUGUGGGAUCUUAACCAUUGCGAUCCGAAAAAAUGUUCGGGACGAAAAUUAGCACGACAUGGUUUGAUCAAUAAUUUACGAUUGGGUCAACGAUUUCCGGGACUUGUACUGACGCCAGUCGGAACGAAUUGUGUAAGUCCAGCCGAUAAGGAAAUUAUCCAAGCGUCCGGUUUGGCUGUGGUCGAUUGUUCAUGGGCUAAAUUAGAUGAGACUCCAUUUGAUCGCAUGAAAACGCCACAUCCACGAUUGCUACCAUUUUUAGUUGCUGCAAAUCCAAUAAACUAUGGUAAACCAUGUCAAUUGAGUUGUGUUGAGGCCAUUGCGGCCGCUCUUUAUAUCAUUGGAUUGAAAAGCGAGGCCAAGUGGUAUUUGAGUAAAUUUUCUUGGGGUCAUUCAUUUUUGGAGCUCAAUGAUGAAUUAUUGGAAAAGUAUUCGUCGUGCACAUCAAGCAAAGAGAUUCUCGAGGCUCAAGAUGAGUAUCUGCGAAAAGCUCAAGCCGAAAAAGAUAAAAGCCGUGAUGAAUUCUUUCCGACAUCGUCCGAAAGCAGCGACGAUGAAAAAGAAGAGGUGAAUGCAUCUUAAAAUCAUCAUAUGAAUCAUUUAAAAUGUCCUUUUUUAAAAAAAUAAAUAAAUAUAUUAUGGAUAUUGUA